CAUACAGUCGACAGAUUAGAACAAAGGUGAAAGAACAAGUGAUGCAAGAGGGAGAGGGAGCAAGAAAGAGACGACAGGGAGAAAUCAAGGAUCCAUCGAUUUAGUGAUUUAGAUAUUGGACCUUUUGUUUCAUAGAGACGGGAGAGCAAGCCAAAGAAGCAAUAAAGACUACAUUGGUGAAUCUUCAGACGCUGUUAGCUGAGGAUCCAAAGGAUGGAUUAUGCCAUGAAGUCCCUCAGUCUCCUGUCCCCUGCCUCACUCUCCAAGUGUGUGACAGCCAGUGUAUCAGCCAGUGCCUCCAUGACCCAGCAGCUUCUUGUCGGGACUCCUCGACCUAAGCCCUUCCGGGUCACCAGUGCUGACCGCAGCGUUAAGAAGGGAAUUAUGGCUGAUGGGCUACGAGACCUACUCAACAAAGCCAUGGACUCUCUGCACGUGUCCUGCGUCAGUGCCUUGGUGCUGGAUGAAGACGGGACGGGGGUUGAUACGGAGGAGUUCUUCCUGACCCUACAAGACAACGCUGUCCUCAUGGUCCUGGAAAAGGGGCAGAAGUGGACACUUCCACAGAACACUCAUCCCCGAAUUCAAAAUGAGAUCAAACACCAGCGCAGAAAAGAUGUGGCUAGAAUAACCUUUGACCUAUACAAGAACAACCCUCAGGAUUUCAUUGGCUGUCUGAAUGUGAAGGCCACGCUGUAUGGAACCUACUCUGUGUCCUACGAUGUGCGCUGCUACGCUGCCAAGAAGAUGCUGAAGGAGGCUCUGAGAUGGACCCUGUUCUCCAUGCAGGCCACAGGCCAUGUCCUCCUGGGCUCCUCCUGCUACAUUGAGCAGCUCCUGGAUGAGGAUGAUCGGGCAGACCUGAGCCUGCCACCACUGCCACAGGAUGGAAAGAUCAAACAACUACAGAGCAUCCUGAUGGGCAAGACUGCUGUGGUGGGCAAGACUGCUGUGGUGGGCAAGACUGCUGUGGUGGGCAAGACUGCUGUGGUGGGCAAGACUGCUGUGGUGGGCAAGACUGCUGUGUGGGGCAAGACGGCUGUGUGAUCUAUGAACAUACAUCCUUCCCUUCUCCCUUCCUUGAAGUAAUCACCCAUCUAAAUCGAUUUUACAGGUGAAAGGGAAUGCUAUACUGCAUAGCUUGCACCUGUCCAGUCAUGGCUGAUUUAGUAAUCACUUCAUGGAAAGAAAUAAUGAUGGAUUGUCAGGAUAUUCAAACAGGGCUCUGCUCAGAGAGACACUCUAAAAGAGGCUGUUUGCUAAAAUAGACUGUUUGCUAUAAGGAAUGGUACUGGCAAACUGCAGGACCAAUACGACGGCACAGUGCUGCAUCACUCUGAUGUUAUGGUUACAGUGGCAGGUACACACCUUCUGGUUAGUUCACUCCUCUCGGUUGACUUUAGGGGCAGCAAAUGCUGUGUUGUCCUACAUUUUGGCUAUGAUCACUUGCACUUUGUUACAUUUGUCUGCCUAUAUGGCUUGCAACACUCCACAAGCGAAUGCACUUUUCUAUUGCAGUGACUGCUGCUGAUCUGUAUCUUCAACUGAUAGAAGGCACUUGGCUUUUUUUCAUAUUAAUAAGCAUGAAUAAAUUACAAGAAUAUUAA